AUGUCCAUCGAAAACCUCAAGACCUUCGACCCCUUCGCCGAAGCUGACGAAGACACCGGCGAGACUAAACAGUCUCAGAACUAUAUCCAUAUACGGAUUCAACAGCGCAAUGGUCGCAAGACCUUGACCACGGUCCAGGGUCUCCCUAAGAAAUUCGAUCAGAAGAAGAUUUUGAAGGUGAUCAAGAAGAAAUUCGCUUGCAAUGGCACGAUCGUCAACGACACUGAGAUGGGUGAGGUGAUCCAGCUCCAAGGAGAUCAGCGCAAGGAUGUUCAGGAGUUCUUGACCGACAAGAAGGAGGGCCUUGAGCUUGAUGCCAAGACCAUCAAGGUCCACGGUUUCUAA